AUGCGCGGUUACGUCUUGGACAGAAUCCAUGAUGGACACCAGGGUGUAACCAAGUGCCGCGAGAGAGCACGUCUCUCCGUCUGGUGGCCUGGUUUAAGCAGAAGUAUCGCACAGAAGGUUGCGUCAUGUGAAUUCUGUUUAGUCAACCAGCCUACGCAGAGAAAGGAACCUCUAAGAACCACACCCCUACCAGAUAGACCAUGGCAGAUGAUUGCAGCAGAUCUUGCAAUGUCGGAUGGUCAAGAUUAUCUUAUCGUCACAGACUACUAUUCAAGGUAUAUUGAAAUCGCACACACUACAAAGUCACCUCAUACUACCUCCAAACGAGUGAUUGGUAAACUUAAGAACAUGUUUGCGAGAUGGGGAAUACCCCAACUAGUAAAGAGUGAUGGGGGACUUCAGUUCACAUCUAAGGAGUUCGAGGAGUUCAGUAAGGAGUAUGGUUUUACGCACGAUCCAUCGACCCCACAUUUCCCUCAAGGAAAUGGUGAAGCGGAAAGUGGAGUACGAAUUGCGAAGAGGAUUCUGAAACAAGAGGAUCCUUUCUUAGCAUUGAUAACUUAUAGAGCAACACCGACACAAGCCACAAAGGAAAGUCCUUGUAAGCUUAUAAUGGGUCGUGAAAUACGCACAAGAUUGCCUACACUAACUGAUAAUUUACAUUCAAAGACGCCAAAUCACAAAGAGGUGAGAAAAGCCGACGAGAAAACCAAGCAGAGAUACAAGAAGUCAUUCGAUGAUCGUCACGGCGUUAGAUCACUACCUGUACUCGAAAAAGGAGAUCAAGUAAGAGUCAAACUUGAUAAUGAAAAAGGAUGGAAAACACAAGGUCGAAUUGUUGCAGCAGACACUCGUAACAGAUCGUACAUCGUAGAAACGUCUAACUCAAGUCUUCUGAAGCGAAAUCGUCGUCAUUUACGUCCUUCAGCUGGGAUAGAUCAAGAUAUUAUUCCCUACGAGCUACCGGAAGAAGAGGAUGUCAAGAGCGAUGACACUCAAGAUGUUGAUGACUACAGGAGCUGA